AUCCUCGAGUCGACGACGCAAACGGGACAUGAAAUUCUUCUCGAAUCAAACUUUCCUAGGUUCGUCGGGGAUGGGUGGCUCCCCUCCGGCUACGCCACCCCGCCGUGCGAUCGAGGAGGCUCAUCCACUGAUCUCUCCCGUACCGGAGAACCCUCCGGCGAGGCCGCACCGUACACGCGCGGAGGAAGAGCAGGUCCGCAUCAGGCGGCGGGCCCUCGAGAACUGCAGGAAAGCCCUAGAAUUGCUGGAGAACGCUGCCGGUGAGCCCUACGACGAGGAUGUGGCGAAGGAUGCGCCACUAGCGACGGCGAGAGGGGAGGAGGGAUCACCGCUGCGGUCGGAUACCGAUGCCGAUGAGCUAUGUACACUUUUGAAGUCAAGAGUUGAAUUGUCAUACUUCCUUGAAAAACUUUGGAAUGAUAAUGCAUCUUGGGACAUGGUUACUGCUAGAGACUUGUGGGAAGACAGACUUGUCGAUGGGGAGAAUGACUGAGAACAAGAUGGUUUUAUUCUCAUUAGGCAAGAGGAUAUUGUGGAUGGAAUAGCAUGCUUCAUGGUUUUAUUAUCAUUACAGCAAAUGAAAGUAUGUCAAGUGCCAUCUUACCAAAAACAUAACAAGUGUUACUUAUUUGCGCUUUUUUUCUGUUUGGAGAUCUUUAUAUUAAUGUGAAAGGCACUUUACUUUCCCAAUAAUAUAGAUUUCGCCUACGGAGAUUUAUUGUGUGUAGUCUCUAGGGAAAACACUUUUCAUGGACGCAGAGAUAAUUGCAUUGGUUAAAGAAAUUGCUCCAAGAUAGUCUGCUUUGUUCUA